UUCUCUUCCUCCUACCACCACCUUCUACCUUUACUCCCCACCAAAAAACAUGGGAAAGGAAAAAUCUCACGUUAACGUCGUCGUCAUCGGUCAUGUCGAUUCUGGAAAGUCGACAACUACCGGACACUUGAUUUACAAGUGUGGUGGUAUUGACAAGCGUACCAUCGAAAAGUUCGAGAAGGAAGCUGCUGAGUUGGGCAAGGGUUCCUUCAAGUAUGCUUGGGUGCUAGACAAGCUCAAGGCUGAGCGCGAACGUGGUAUUACCAUCGAUAUUGCUCUCUGGAAAUUCGAGACCCCCAAAUACAUGGUCACUGUCAUUGAUGCUCCCGGACAUCGUGAUUUCAUCAAAAACAUGAUCACUGGUACCUCUCAGGCUGACUGUGCCAUCCUCAUCAUUGCUGGUGGUACUGGUGAGUUCGAGGCUGGUAUCUCCAAGGAUGGCCAGACUCGUGAGCAUGCUUUGCUCGCCUUCACACUCGGUGUCAGGCAACUCAUUGUCGCCGUCAACAAGAUGGACACCACUAAAUGGAGCGAGGAUCGUUUCAACGAAAUCGUCAAGGAAACCUCCACCUUCAUUAAAAAAGUCGGCUACAACCCCAAGGCUGUCGCUUUCGUCCCCAUCUCUGGAUGGCACGGUGACAACAUGAUGGAGGAGUCCAGCAAUAUGACAUGGUACAAGGGCUGGACAAAGGAAACCAAGGGUGGUGUCGUCAAGGGCAAGACUCUUCUCGAUGCCAUUGAUGCUAUCGAACCCCCCGUCCGUCCCCACGACAAGCCUCUCCGACUCCCUCUUCAGGAUGUCUAUAAAAUCGGUGGUAUUGGAACAGUGCCUGUUGGUCGUGUCGAGACUGGCAUCAUCAAGGCUGGAAUGGUCGUCACUUUUGCUCCUUCCAACGUAACAACUGAAGUCAAGUCGGUCGAAAUGCACCACGAACAGCUCGAGCAAGGUAACCCUGGUGACAACGUCGGUUUCAACGUCAAGAACGUCUCUGUUAAGGAUAUCCGUCGUGGAAAUGUCGCCUCCGAUUCCAAGAAUGAUCCUGCGAAGGAAGCCGCUUCGUUCAACGCUCAAGUCAUCGUCCUCAACCACCCUGGUCAGAUUGGUGCCGGCUAUGCUCCGGUCUUGGAUUGCCACACCGCCCACAUUGCCUGCAAGUUCUCUGAACUCCUUGAGAAGAUCGAUCGUCGAACCGGAAAGUCUAUUGAGAACUCUCCCAAGUUCGUCAAGUCUGGUGAUGCUUGCAUUGUCAAACUUAUUCCCAGCAAGCCCAUGUGUGUCGAGUCGUACUCCGAGUACCCUCCUCUCGGUCGUUUCGCUGUCCGUGACAUGAGGCAGACUGUCGCUGUCGGUAUCAUCAAAUCCGUCGAUAAGACUGACAAGUCCGGUGGAAAGGUGACGAAGUCCGCAGAGAAGGCUGCCAAGAAGAAGUAAAUAGAUGUAGAAUUACUGUAUAUUUUUCUCAUCUUUUUCUUUUACUUUUCUCUUAUCGGUACUCAUUACACUGUGUCAUUGCAUCAACAUUUUUUGUAUCAUGACAACGAAGAAUUGCGGCACUCCGCGGCUGUAUCUUUCAAUAGCAAUGAGGAUAAUGUAUAUGGAUUGACAUGACUGUAUUAUCGUUCUUGAUCUUGUACGCGAAAUGCGCUUUGGGUGUACAAGAUUCCGUAACGUGGU